CUGAAGUUACCACCUCCGGGUUUCAGUAAAUCAGUGGGUAGACACACUACACACACUGCCCCGUGUGGCAGUGUGUGGCACUCGAGAGAGGCAGUUCGGGUGUUGGCACUGUGAGGCGCUCAGUAGUGUGGCACUGUGUCUGGCGAGAGGACUAGCGCUCCUCCUUGUCUCUACCUCACUCACUCGCCGGCACCACCACCACCACGCCUCAACCAUCCACACCUUCACAUCAACCACAUAAUCGCAUAUACAUCUUGCUUUGAAUAGUUACCCAUAUACUGACUAGCAACCAAACGUCAAUUAUUUUAUAUUUUCCGAAAAAAUCUGCGCUUUUCCUGGUUAAGCAGACUUUAACUCCAUCUAACAACUAGAAAUCAACCAGUGUCAUCAACCAAAUAAAAGACGAACUUCCUGUAGUUGUUAGAAAAGAAGUGUUCCAGAAAUGUUCGCUCAGCACAGUGACCCCAAGAUCAACCAACGAGGAUGUCGGGUCCAAGUAUCGUGACCUCAGAUGACCCCCAGGAUUUGAUUUAUUUUUGUACCCAGAGUUAGAGGUCACCAUGCAACACUGAGCUGAUGAUCUCAUAGUGUUUAAGGAAAUCAAUACUAAAAAUACCGUAAAGUAUGUGCCAAAUAAUAUUCGAAGGUGUUGAGAGUUGCGUGUGCGUGAGAGUCUCGUGUUACCAGUGGUAUUUACGACGUGUGAAUUUGCCACUGUGAAAGACGAAGUGUGUGAUUUAAGGAAGGUUUGAAAUCAGAAAAGAACACCUCGCGAAGUGAAUGUUUAUGCAUUAUUCUCAGAAAGAUGAAUUCCCCUAAAGUUACGAGACUAGUCGAAGAGGUACAGUAGAGUGGUAUGGGAGACGGGGGAUAACGGUAAUGGGAUCGAGCGACAUGAAGUGACCUUGAGGUGGGGGUAAACACGCCCCGUGUGCAGGAAGGGAAGCGUGAGGGAACAAGUGGUUGCAGAAAACGAAAGCACAAAAAAGGGGACAAGAUGAGUCGAGCCACAAAUCUAUGAUAGUUGAUGGUUCAAGAAUAUCUCUCACAGAAAACGAGGAGAUAGGAAGUAAUUUACAUGAAAGUCAAUGACACGGCGAAUCUUUAUUUAUGAAAGUAAGGAUGAAGAAGAAGCAUCCUUACCAGAGAUGACCUAGGAACUGGAUAUCCUGCUAGAGGAGCGUUCAAUCCUCCAGAAAGCACUUGCGUGUGGAGAGGGUUUCAUCUCACGUGCUCGCUCACUCACUCACUCACACACACACACACACACACACACACACACACACACACACACACACACACACACACACACUUCCGGAUCUCAGUCCCUGACACCUGAAGUGAGCUCCAGAAGGCCUGGACUACGUAGUGAAGCGAGUGUCAACAUUACCAAGAAAGGGAGAGGAUAUACACCAGAGUACUGACGGUAUACAUCAGUCCUCUGGGGUUUAUUAGGACAAACUCAGGGUACGUUACGGAUGAACCAGCCUCCGGAAGGUUCGUAAGGACAAACAGUACCAUCCAGGGUUCGGUACGGACAUAUCCAGCCGUACCAAGUGUUCACCAAAAAAAAACAUUGUCCCACUGUUGGAAACACACCAACCCACCACCGGGAAAAGGGGACGGGGGUUGCAAGGACACACCAUCCCACCACCUGGGAGGCUGGUUGGCAAGGAUGGCACCGACCGUGAGAGUGCCCGAGUGAGGGCCAGGCAUCCUCGAGGAGACAAUAAUCAGGAUGGACGCAUGUCACGGCACCACCAGAAGGUCGCCUCGUCCAUCCCCCGUGGCUGGUCGACGUGUAGAGUGUGCCACGGGGCCAGUCUCGGACGACGGGGCCAUGGCCACCUCCGUGCCCCCGAGCCCAACCACGGGGGCCCCAGUCGUCACUCAGGGGCCCCUAAGCAUGAUCCCUGGACCCCUGGGGGUUUACUGGCCAGCCCUAAGGGAUCACCCCCCACCAGUGCCUCCACAACUGCUCAAGAAACUCGCGUGUAAGGAAACCUCCAGCAUCGGCAAGGUGAAGGUGCUGCUGCGUGUGGCUCCGUCUUCCGAGGUUGGGCAGUCGUCUAAAGUGCUCAGCAUUGACCCCCGCAAGAAGACAGUGACCUUGUUUGACCCCGGGUCAGCUGUCCACCCGACCUCGGCCCACACGGAGGAGUCCAGGGUGGGCAUAGCAGCUCCCAAGAUGUUUGCCUUCGACGGUAUCUACACUUACGAGGACUCACAGACUGAGGUAUGUUCGGCAGCACUGACGGAUGUCAUCGUGGCGGUGCUGAGAGGAGCUGAUGGAGCUGUCUUCAGCUUCGGCCAACCUAAUCUCGGUCAGGCGUACACAAUGCUGGGUGGCCCAGAGAGCUGUCACAGCCUGGGGGUAGCACCCUCUACAGUGUGGUGGCUCUACAAGGCUCUACAGGACCACAGAGCCAACACCGGGGCACGAUUCUCCGUCAGGAUCUCCGCCCUUCAGAUAGCUCCUGGAGACGUGGUUACCGAUCUCCUGGCGCAGUACGCCCAGGGGGAACAGUCCCCCGGUGUCUUCCUCAUGGAAGACUCGGGGUCGUCGCUACUGCUGGCGCACGCAGCAGAAGUAAGAGCUCCCACGGUGGAGAGAGCCGCCCAGCUUCUCGACUGCGCCCUCGCCCACAGGCUGGUCGACGACCAGGGCCGCCAUGCCCACCUGGUCUUCUCCCUUAAUAUCUACCAGUAUUCCGUGGACACCUCGGCGAAGGGCGGAGUUGCGGGAGGAAGAAGCCGGCUUCACCUGAUGGACUUCGGGGCGCUCGAGAGAGGCAAAGGACCCUCGAGACUCACUUUAUCCUCGCUGGGAAACGUCAUCCUCGCUAUUUUCAAUGGACAGAAACAUCUGCCUUACAAGGACGGGAAGUUGCCGCGGCUGCUGCGUGAGUGUGUUGGAUCAGUGAGGUGCGUGGCGGCUAUGCUGGUUCACGUAUCGCCUUCCUCAGCGCACUACCAGGAGACCCUGGCCACCAUCCAGCUCGCCUCCAGAGUUCACAGACUCCGGAGGCGACGUAUCAAGCCCCAUAUGGGCGGGUCAGGUUCUGGAGGGUCAUCAGAGGAGUCAAGAUCAGGAAGGUCAUCUCGUGGCACUCUCACUGACACUGGCGGCUCAUCCUCCGUCGACCCCUCCUCCUCAGAGCAGUCUUGCGACACCGUCAUCUACGUGGGUCCUGCAGCAGACGAUGCUACUGACGGGGAACAUCCGCCAGUCUACCUCCCAUCAAUAAACUCUGGCGACAAUCGCUCAAUGAAUAAAGCUCUCAGGGGCUCGGCGGUUGACGGGGCUUCUACCAAAAUGGACUCCCAGAGGACUCCUAAGAAGUCCUCUAAAGUCUCAGGGAGUGGCAAAAGUCCGUCGAAGCCCAGUAAACACUCAGUAACCAAAGAUGGUUCGCAUUCGUCGCCCCACAGGACUAAAGACUCCCACAAGAGUCGUGAAGGUGUAAGCGCUAGUGGUGUGGUAGGUAGUGGCGGAAGUUUACCUAGAACUCCUACUAAAUAUUCUUCUUCUGGUGCUAAACUAUCGAGUGGUGCUACUCCAAAAUCCCCCAAGUCCCCCCACGUCUCCAGACAUAGUAGACAUAAAGCUGCGGCUGGUAUGGCGUCGCAUGCAGACCCCAGCGGGUCUCAGAGCCAACACGGUGGUGGGAGUGAAGAACAAUGGAUAGAUGGACCCAGGUUUCAUAGAGCUAAAGUGUACGACGGUCACAAAAUGAAGAGUUACGAACUGGAGACCUGGAUUGACGGACCCGAAGCGACCUACGGGUACAUGGAUGACCACAAGAAGUCCAUGAUACAGAAAUGGGUUGAGACGCAGAACGCCCAGGUGCAACCCAAGUCCUCGGAGCACUCGCAGAAGAGCCCGAAACAUAAACAGUAUAAGGAACUAACGCAGUUUAAGACCGUUGACGACGAGGAAACCUCGCCCAGACACAAAGACAAACACAGAGAGAAACGGAAAAGCAGCGAGUGUAAAGAAAUACGCAAAGAUGGUCAUGCAGUGAGCAGAGAAAAAGAUCUUACGCCUCGUAAAAGACGAAGUUACGGUGAUAAACCUCAUUCUAGUCAACCGGUAGUCGAACUGGAGGAGGCUAAACCGAAGCCUCCCACCUACGUUCCUGAACCCUCAAAACAAGAACCCAGAACUCAGGAGACGGACAGUGCGAGUGUAUUAGGCAAAACAGAACAACAGAUAGUGAGCCAUAACGAUAAAGUGCUUGAAAGUGGAGUGAGAAGUGAAGCGAGCAGAGCAUCGAGUCUCAUUGGGGAAGUGUCGGCCAGAUCGAUGACUUUCCCAGACACGAAUGCGAACUUACCAGACGGGACGGUCGCGGGCGCUGAGGAGGAGGGUGAAACACACAUGAUCCUGGCAAGUCAAGACACUGAAUCUGUUCCUGGCCAACUCACUGGGGUGGAAGAUGAGGAAGAGGAAGAAGAGGAGGAAGAGGAGGAAGAGGAGCAGGUUCUUCAGGUUAUCUACGUAGAAAAUGAAGUUCCCAGAGUCGACAUGAGAACUCUCGUGUCUAAUGAAGUGGAAGAGACCACUGACCUAAGGUCAUCCUCGGAGGACACGACAACGGCCGAGGGAGACCCUAUGGAGGAAGUGUCGCAAGGAUCGUCUGAAGAUGGUGGCGCUGAGAGCUUUGCCGAAGAGGAAGUUCUCUUUGGGAGGCCCACUAAGUUCUUCUUGCACGAGGUCAGGGACCUGGACGAGGGAGAGGAGGAGCUGGAGGCGGCGCUGGAUCGCUGGCUCGCCGAAGAAGAUCGAGAGUACAUCGAAGUGGUGGAACCUGAGGAAGCUGUUGAAAUGGUUGAUUCCUGGUGCCAGGUAACUGAGGAAGAUAUCGAACGUACGCUGGCGGAGGCUGGCAUCCACUUUAUUCCCUUUCUCCAUCAUCGCCACCUGCUGCCUACCCUGCAGGAGGAACCUGCCGAAACCGCCGAACCUAUGGACCAGAUGGACCACCUGGAAACCCUAAAUACAGCGGCAUCCAGGAGGUCGUCCGUGGUGCUGGACGAGACCUUUCAACCUGCCAAGUUACCAGAGAAACUGGUGGCCAAUGGUGACCCUGUCUUCCUCCACCCCACGGGUGGAGACCCCACGGGAGAGUUCAAGAGUAGCUCCCGCUACGAACAGAUGAUCAAGGACCCAAACUUCACCGCCAAAACACACUACUUCGCCAAGAGACUGGAAGAGCUUCAGCAGCUCCACGAGUUCUACAGGAACCUGGCGAAGCAGGCGCCGAGGGGUAGGACUUCGGUACACUCUCCCUCAGCUAAGGAACUGACUGAGCUGAGUGAGGAUGAUUCCAGUGUCUCUGAAGGAGGCGAAGAACCAGAGCCAAAGGUUUUACCUCAACCAUUUUUUAGUCAGGAGGGGACCCUCACCAGUAUGAAAAUGGGAGGAGAGUAUGAAUUCAGCUGGAAGUCUUUGUUGCCAGAGGAGAUCGAUGUUCAGAGUGAGACGCAAGAAGAAAAGACGGACGGAGAGGAAACGGCCUCAGAGGUCUCCAAGGAUAUCAACGAUCCACUUUAUGACAUCCAAAGUGACAUCAUGCCGUAUUUACCGAGCAAUUACGUCAGUUUAUCUACCCUCAGUGCUCUCAGACAACCAGACGGAGCCUCCAAUCCUAAUUUAAACGGGGAGUUGACCCACGUAGAGCCGCAGGCUGUUGUAGCGCCCCCAGACAACGCAGUGGCACUGCCGGCGACGCUGCAGGAGCGCUUACCUGGCAAUGGAGCCUCACUCUCCGACGACGAGAGCAACGUGAAGCAAGUCAAAGUGAAAAAAGAGAAGCGCAAGAAAAAGUUAGGCCUCUUGUCCAAAUCCAGCAAGUCCUGUGUUUACAAGGAGGAAGCUGACUGUGAUGAAAGCUCUACUCACAGCAAGCUUAGUUGGAGCCGUUUUUUUGGCAGUCCAAAACACAAAAGCUCCACUAAAGAUAACUCCAAGAAAAGCAGCAAAUCCAAUUCAAAAUCCAGCAACAAAUCUCCAACAUCCUCCGGCAAGGGCUCAGAAAAGAGCGAAAAAAAAUCCCAGCGGGAUAAAGAGCGAUCGAAGGACUCUAAAACGAGUGGCUCCAAGGACGUCAAAAACAACAAGGACGGCAAGUUAGGACACUCCCAGGAUGCUCAUUACGGUCUGGACGCCGCCAACAAGCAAGCAGAUAGUAAGAAUGGUAAAGUUUUUCAGAAACUAGAUUCGGAUCGGUCAAAUGGCAGCCUUAAAAACAAAUCUCCUUCACGUAAAAGCUCGGAGAGCCGGAGCAACCGGAGCGGAAGACGUGAGAGCAGAGAGCAGCCUCAACAGGGCCAGCAGCCUCUACAACAGCAGCAGCAACAGCAACAACAACAACAGCAACAACAACAGCAGCAACAACAACAGCAACAACAGGGUCAACGGUACCAGGGUUUCCAUUGGGACUCACCCCUGCCUCCCUUCCUACCUGUAACCUCAGCCGCUAUACACCCAGGAUAUGACUCCGGGGCUGACUCUGGUGUAGGCUUGAAGGUGAUGCCUCGUGCAAGACGCUCCAGGGGUGACAGUCGUCACGGCGAGAGUUCCGGCUACGAGUCCGUCAUCAGAGACUCGGAGUGCUCGUCAUUUGGUUCUUCGCAAGACUCUGGCCUCGACGACGAUGGCCUCAAGGGCAAAGCUGGAGGGAGAGGGAGUGAAAACAUAGCUGUCGGGACCUCCAAGACAAGAGAGACCACAAGAACGCGUUCCAAAAUAUUAGAGAUGCAUCCCAAAAAUGCCCAAAAGACGACAUGCCCCUCAGGAAGCAGUCAUUCCCAUUCCCAUUCCAAAUAUUCACCAUCCAAAACGCCUACUGGCUCGCCCCUGAGAACCCAGAAACCCACCUCUACAACCGCUCUUGAAGCCCGGGCGGCCCCAAUUAGCGGUGGAGGCAGAAUCUCUUCCUCUCGCGUGCCUGUUGAGGAAUUCGACGAAGAGGACGUGGCGAGAUACGAGAGCCACAAGACCGAGGAGGACAUCGCUAAGUGCCGCAGGACGCAGGAGAAGAUUCGAGCCCUCCGGGAGAAGCAAGACCAACUCAAGCAGGAGCUGGAGGCUGCGAAGAGUCGUCUUAUGAUCGACAAAUCCAGUGCACGUUGAGGAGUGCAUGACGUGGCGUGACGAUGGCUACGUGGAGGCGCUCCAGCAGGAGACCAUCAUCCUGGCCAAGCGGGUCAUGGCUGCCAGGAGCCGCUUGCUCCUCUCCACCUGCUUCGACGCC